AUAACUUAUUUCAAACUGAAUAAAACUAAUAGUGCGGCUACAGAAUGAUGAAAAUUUGUGUCAUUGGAACGCUUCUGUUAGGAGUUAUCUACUGCGCAGUGUUGCCUGAAUACUUAGAAGAUGAUAGCAUAGUAGUUGAAACCACAAAUGGAUUAGUUAGGGGUAGUUACGGACGUCGGUCACAUGCUGACAAAAAUGAACAGCUUUACUGGUUCAGGAGCAUUCCUUAUGCCGAACCUCCGGUGGGAGAAUUGAGAUUUGAGGCACCAGUACCAAAGGCAAAUUGGUCUGGAAUAUUAGAUGUGAGACCAAAACCAAAAAUGUGUAUCCAAGGAUCACCUGCUCAAGGUUCUGAGGAUUGCUUAACCUUAAAAAUCUACACCAACCAAAAACCCGAUAGCAACCUCAAUCUUCCAGUAGUAGUAUGGAUAUAUGGAGGAGCUUUCUUCGGAGGAUCUGCCGAUUUUGAUGAUCACAGUCCAGACUAUCUUCUCUAUGAAGAUGUUAUUGUCGUGGCUAUUCACUAUAGAGUAGGAUUUUUGGGUUUCAUGUCACUUGGAGAUACUGUAGCACCAGGAAACAACGGUAUCAAGGAUCAGGUAUUAGCUCUUCAGUGGAUCAAGAAAAACAUUAAAAACUUUGGAGGUGAUCCAGAAAAAAUAACUAUUUGGGGACAAAGCGCUGGAGCAGCUUCUGUUGCUUACUUGUUACAGGCUCCACAAACCAAGGGUCUUUUUAGCAAAGCCAUUUUAAAUUCAGGAUCGUCUUUAAGCCCUUGGUCUUUGGCGAAAGGCCUUCCAGAAGUUACUAAGGAACUGGCAGAAAAAUUCGACAUUAGUACCCAUUCUUCUUCCACUAUCUUAGCUGGUUUGAAAGAACUUGAUAUUGAUGAAUUACAAGAAGCUGCAAGUUCAAUAAUGAGCAGUAAAGUUGUAGCUUCAAAUCCUCUACAAGGUUUAGUAUUUACGCCAGUCAAAGAACCUAAUCAUUCAGGGGCAGUUAUAACUGAAAAUUCGCACCAACUUCUAAAGGAAGGGAAAUUCCACCAUGUGCCUAUUUUGGCAGGUUACACAUCAUUGGAAGGAUAUUUUGACGAAUUGCCACUUUUACUGAAAGUAUGGUUAUUGAAAUUUGAUUCUAAUCACGACCUAUUGGUUCCUGAUGAUUUGAACGCUGAUAAGUCUGAUAAGGCAGCGCUGGGUAAGAAGAUCAAAAAAGAAUAUUUUAGCAUUUUUCCGAUCGCUUUAUCUAACACAAGACUUAUGAGGUAUAUUUCUGACUCGCAAUUCGAAAGACCAAUCCAAGAGGCCAUUAGGCUUUACUCAGCUUACACCAAUGUGUAUGCUUAUCACUUCGGAUAUGAAGGAGCUCUAUGGGGCCGAACCGAUAGAUCAACAAGCGGUGUUGGCCAUACCGAAGAUCUGGGCUAUCUUUUUGACUUCGGUCACCAAGGCAGUAAAGCAGAUUAUCUAACACGUUCACGCACAGUUAAACUCUGGACCAACUUUAUCAAACACGGCAAUCCCACUCCCUCAGAAGAUUCCUUGCUACAAAGUGUAAUCUGGCCGGCCAAUUCCAAAGUUAGCACAGCUGCUAAACUCAAGUACCUGGAGAUCAACAAAAGUUUACAGGUUGUUGGACUUCCUAACUCAGCAAAAAUAAACUUUUGGAACAAUAUUUACGAAGACUAUGGAUAUCCCCCGUACUCAACUUAUUAAUAUCUAAGCAUUUGUAAACGUACAGAUACUAUACAAAAAUAAAUCUGGUUAAAAUAAAAAUAUGAUUUAUGUUUUGUCAA